AAGAGCAAUGCAGUUUUGAUGGAAUCUAUGCUGACUAAGCGUCUUCACCAGAAUUUUCUUGACUGACAGCUUGCGCGUCACCUUGGCAACUCCCUUCCUGUCACUUACUCACCCAUCCAAAGCUCCUUUUUUGGACACACAGGUUUACACCAGUGUCAGCUGGUGAUGCACAGAUUCUCUACCAGCGUGAGUCAGACGUAGUCGGGCUCUCGUCCAGACCAGACGUCAGGACUGAACCGACUGAGUGGAAGCAACAAGUGUCGAUAAAGCCAAGAGACCCACACAGACGGUCCCAUUUGGGAGGAGUGAUCAGGCAUGGGGAUAGAAACGGCUCCUAUUCAGGUGAAACGGGACUUUCAAUAACAACUACCUGCCAAUACACAGGUCCAACCAGGUGUGCAGUCAGGGAGAUGAGCUCUUGGUGCUGGCCUGGUUCAGCACCAGGAGGACUGCUCCCGACCUCCAAAGGGUGGCUGCGUCGGUUCUUGCUGCUGAAGCUGGUGGCGGUGCUGUUGCUGCCCCACAGGGCGGGCGUCCCCCUGCUGGUGGGCUGUGUGUUCAGCCUGCGGGCCCUGGUGCUGCUCCACUCCCCUCAGACCUCCACCAAGCCCUCCACCGUGCUCCUGGCCCGGUUGGCCCUCACCGACUCUGUGGUGCUGCUGCACUGGAUGCUCCAGCUGGCCUGGUGGAUGGAGGAGGCGUGCUGCGGAACGGUGACCGGCCUCGCGGAGGAGUCAGGUUGUUGGGGGAAGGCGCUGGGUGCGUUCCGUCAGCGGCUGCUUGACACGCACCACCUGGCCUCUCUGCUGCUGCUAGGGCUGCUGGGUCUGGAGGCCGUGCUGGUGUCCCGCUGGCCUCAGCAGACUCUGAGAUUCAGGACUUCUCACUGGGCUCAGCUCUGCUGCAACCUGGUCUUGAUACUCGUGGUGCUCGAACUGUGGUUCUCGCUCCACUCCAAUUGUUUGCACGACUCGAUGUGUGAGACUAAUUCUGCAACACCUCAAACCUCUCAAAGUUCCUUUCUGGGUGUAAUGCCAGAUGUCUCUUCCGCCCUGAGGAGGACAUUAUGGCUAGGCAAUGUAUGGCUGCAUUACGCCGUCCUCUUUCGCAGACCACAGAAGAGGAAGAGCUCCUUUCAUUAAAAUACUUAGGUGCACAUAGCAUUUUUAAUUAAAUGAUUAGACUUCUAUUCAAAAUUAAUAUGUCAAAGCCUUAUCUUGAGAUUUAACUUGAACAGAACAAGGCCGCCUGUGGCUAAAAGUGGCAAUUAUACAUCACAAAUGGACUGUUUACAUGUGUGCGCUUUGACUUUGGUCCAGUGGUUGAAAUGUGAUCGCUAAUUACUUGUUUUUAUGCUACAAUAUGGUGUGAACAUAUUUCUAAAAAGUUUUUUUUAUGUGGUGUAUGGUGAAUAGAUCCUGUUCACAUUGUAAACAUGCUUUCACCCUGCAGUCUCCAAACUGUUUUAUCUGGCAGCCACGUAUUGAGUGAAAUAAGACACUCUGGCCUCUAAUGCAUUUUUUCAACGUGUGUCCAGUUUGAAUAUGUCGACAAACACAGCAGCUCACAAAUGUCUGUUGACAUUUCUCUUCUGCAGUAAAACUGAAAAGAUUGAUUCAGAGCAGUAAACACAAACAAGGACGGUUCCGCAGCAAACAUUUCAUUCCCCGAUGAACUGAAACUGCUCCACCUGAACUUGUUCCAAUGGCUGCAAUCCACAUAUUUACUUAGCCAGCUAACGAUCAUAUACUACACAGAGACACACAAAAGCUAUUUCAGCAGAAACAUCUGUCUGAGCUGAGACAGAAUCCUCAAACACGGGGUCACAGGCUCCAACGCAGGAAAACAGACACAUUGCGGUCUGGUUUUGUACUAAUCUGAGGACAUGAACUGUACAAAAAAAGAUAUCAACAGUUUGCAAUGGCGAGUGUCUUGUAUCUUAUAUGAUCACAUCACACAACAGAACAGAGAAACGUCUGCUUUAACAUUCUGCACAGGGCAGAAGUAAGGUGGAGAACAACUCCCCUCUAUGUGAGGUCGUCAGGAGGCCACCGUCAAAGUGUGAGCUGUGACCAGCAGAGGGAAGCACAGAGGUUUCUUCGAGUCUCUGGAGAGGAUGAAGGAACUCCGCUGCUACCACUUCACUCUGUGUGGUUUUGUGUGAAUCUGUGGGUGCUGCUUCAAGUGUCCCUGGAACUAAUCAAUUAAAACUGGGAGUCGACAAAGGGGCGAAAAGUAGUGAGGAACACAGGUGGCUUCCUUCCCAUAAUGCUCUCUGUUUGGCUCUGUGUACUUUUGGCACCGGGACUGUCAGUCAAGGGUAAACAAUGUGGGAGGUCAGACUUUAAAAUAUAACAACAAAUCCUGUUUUCCUCUUCAACAGGUCAAGCUUUGAAAGCGCAGGGGAGCUGACCGUGUUUUAGGAGGGAGUUUCCUUUAUCAAUUCAUCUGUGCUUAAAAUAAAUAUGAAAAGGAUACCACAAAAAAAGCAAAAGUAAUAAAUCAGUUGUUGUUUGCCAUGAAUGGACCUCUGACAUUAUCACCCUGCACAGUGUGUCCUCCUGCUGUGAAAUGCAGUGCUAGCGCCCCCUUUUGGACUGUUUUAAAUGUAUCUGUGUUUUGCAUGCGGAGGUGAGAUGCACCAUUGUGUCACAGAUCUUGUGUCAUAAGGAUAAUCAAGAACCUAAAGUUUAUCACUCCCUUAUGUCACCUUUACAUAUGCAUUCUCUUCAACAUCAUCAGGAUUUUACUCCGGCUUCCUGUUUGUAAAAGAAUUUACAACAUUAUCACCACGCUUUGUAAGAAAGCCAAGGGUGAUUUAGGGACUAAGGACAUCUCUGAGAUACUAUAACUGUCCAGAACUCUACACAGUAGACGUGUGCACCACAACUGACUCUUUUGACGUCUGGACCAACUCUCAGUUCUGGCAAAUCAAAUGAAGGCCGAAGACGUUACCGUUUGCCGAUGCUUCUUGUAAAAAUAAAUUGGACUAUUUGAUUGUAUGAUAAAUUGCCCUGUGAUUCCAUUUUCUAUUUGUGUAUCUGUUUUGUUCCAUUUGAACUUAUUGUUUUUUUCCCUUCCCU